AUGUAUCUGCCGCGGUCGCUAAUAUCGAAGCUCUACACGCACCUGCAAACCACUCGCCACCCAACGUCACCGCCAGUCCUGAUUCUCGUAGCCCUCGAGCCGGAUGCCCUCUGCGGUUGUCGCAUCCUGACCCAUCUGCUCAAACAUGACUACAUACCGCACAAGAUUCAACCCGUUGCUGGCUACAGCGACCUCGAAAAAGCCGGAAAGGAGCUCGUCAUGCCUAUGAUGGAAAGCCAGGGUGGCAGCGGAGGUGUAGUGGUAUGCUUGGGUGUUGGAGGCAUGGUAGAUCUAGGCCCGCUUCUUGGUCUGGAGCAAGAUGGCGAGGAGGCGCCGUACAGCGGGGUGGAAGUUUGGGUCAUUGAUGCCCGCCGCCCAUGGAAUCUGGGCAACGUCUUUGGUGGCUUUCCGCUAGAGGCUGCUUCUGAGGAGGAGAGUUCUUACCAGUCACGUACUCCGGUUGGUAUAUCCGGCGGUCAAGUUGGGCGUGCAUAUAAAUCUGGGAAAGGCGGAAUUGUGGUAUUUGAUGAUGGUGAUAUCGAAGAAGCGAUGGAAAAGGAACGCGACGCGUAUCUGGCCUUGGUCGAUAUGCCAGAUAUCGAUCACGACCAGGAGGCGCUACGCCUCACAGACGACGAUGACGAUGACGAGGACGACGAUGGCUUGGAUCUGGAACUUCCACGCGCCGGACAGAAAAGGAAGAGCUGGUCGGAUGGCCAUGAAGAUGAGUUGAGUGACGAUGAGGACAGACCACAUCAACGGCGACGAAGCAACUCUUCGAGUCCAAUAGCUGAUUCACCGCGUCGACCUACGCGUAGAGGGCUUGUUUCCGUACGCGACCCCGAAGCCGGACUAUCGAGCGAUGCCAUUGAGCCGCCUUCCGCCGCACAAGAGCCUCCACCGCCAUCCGCACGAGCUUUACGAAGACGCCUGUUGCGACUGCGCCAGGAAAAAGAGGCUGUUCUUCACAACUAUUAUCGGAUGGGCUCGUCGUUUGCAGAACCUAUUUCAUCAAUGAUGUACUCGCUGGCGUCGGAGUUGGGGAGAGAGGACAAUGAUCUCCUCUGGCUGACCAUUGUUGGGGUUACAUCUAUGGAGCUUUAUGGCCGGUCAUCUGCUGGCACCGCGGCGCCUAUACGCUCCAAUGACAGCAGCAGACCGUCGGGCUGGAUGGGUGUUCGAGGAGCAAGAUUACGCCAACUGCUCCGAGACGAAGUCAGACGCCUGAACCCCCCUGAAGUUACCAACGGUCGGGUCGCGCCAGAGAACGUUGGUGUGAUUCCAACAACAGCUAGAAAUCCUGAAGACACUGGUAUCCGGCUUUCCCCUGAGCCUAGAUUCCUUCUUAUCCGACAUUGGAGUCUGUACGAUAGCAUGCUACAUUCGCCAUAUCUAUUUUCUCGUCUCAAAACCUGGAGCGAGACGGGAAUCAAACGACUCCACAAACUACUGGCCAAGAUGGGUGUGAGCUUGGCACAAUGUAAACAAAGCUACACGCACAUGGACAUGAUGCUGAAGCGCGAGCUGCGGGCAAAACUCCUAAAAUACGGCUCGCUAUAUAACCUAGACGAGAUGGUACCGGCGGUAGAUACUGAUGACAAGGACCGGGCUGGUGCCAAGGACGGAUGGGGAUUUGUACGAAGCUGGGGCUGGAGAGCAACGCUCAGCGCUCAAGACGUUGGCGUUGUCAUUGGUGCCCUGCUGGAAGUCGGUAAACAUGCGCAAACGUCGGAAGUCGCCAUGCCAACUAGUCAACUUACCCAUGAUGCGGAGGACGAAAUAGAAUUUGCUGCGCAAGCGGAAGAAUGGGUUGGACGGUUCUGGGAAGCCUACGACGCAUUGGAAGACAUUGACUCUCUCAAAGCAGGCCUUCCUACAGCACAAUUCUUGCACCGCGCUAUAUAUCGAACGGGAACGUCACUCAUUAACAAGAAACAGAUCAAACACCUGCGGGCAUUCCGGAUGUGCGUUGUGAAGGACGGCCCAGACGUUGCCCUGUUCACACAUCCAGCUGCUCUAACGAAGCUAUCCUUGUGGAUAGGAGAAGCGCUCGCAGAGCAGGAGCGAGAAGCUCAUGGAAAACUUUCUCAUGGUGGACGAGGAACACCACUUGUGGUAGCUAGUCUAAACGAGAAGCGCAGUGUUUACAUUGUAGUUGGCACGGGGGGAGGCGGUGGGCCAGACACGACAUUCCUCAAUCGCGAGGCAGCAAAAAAGCGGCGAGCGGAAAGGGAGGCCAAGGCCAAGAGGAAGGAAGCCGCACGGUUGGCAAAGGAGAAGAUUAGGGAGGAGAAGCGCGCGGCAAGACGCGCAGCCGGUCAAGGGGAGGACGAUGAUGAAGAACUGGAAACAGAGUCUGAGGCUUCCGACUCUGAUCUGGACGAAGACUCGGAGGACGACGACGCUGAACCCGACAAGGGCUACGGCCUCAACAAAUUUGGCAGUGCGUUCCAGGAGGUGGUAUCGGAGACAAACGCGCGGGUGCGUAUUGACAGCUUUGAGCAUUGCGCCGUGGAAGUCAGGAAGGAGGAUCUGGGCGCUUUCUUGGAGAGCUUGAGCAUGAAGGCUGUGGUUGGAUAA